CCGGAAAAUGCGAAAGGUAUAAAAGGCGCCAAAGCUCUACCCAGAAUCAACAGUUGAUUUCGGCUUGCUGCACUCGUCGGGACGAUUAGUGGAAAACACAGUUGCAUGGUGCCAGUUGCCUGGUCGUGGUUCGCGGGUUGGUGGCUUGUUUUAUUACAGUGAUUUCAAGUGGGGAUUGAUUGUGAUUUAUAUUGAAAUAAUAAACGGUUGCUCCGGAUUUGUGAAUUUUGUGAACGAUGAGUGGCUCCGGAAAAGGAUUACUCGGAUUAUGGCUGUACCACAGUGGCGAACAGGAGUGGACCGUUAAGGAGGGCAGCCCGUUGCACAAGCGGAAAGAGUUCGCGGAAAGCAAACAGAUCGACUGCAGCAAUGGGAACGGUGCCAGUCCUCGGUCCGACAAGACGUCCAUCAUUUUCACGCUCAAGAACCAGGUUGGCGGUCUGGCGCGGGCCCUGCAAGUCUUCCAGGAACUCGGAAUCAACGUGCUCCACGUGGAGCUGAACAAAUCGGGCGAACCGUGCGAGCAGGCAGACGUCCUGGUCGACAUCGAGUGCGAUGCCAGCCGAAUGGAGCAGGUGCUCCGGAUGCUGCGGCGGGAGGUCCACAAUGUUAGCUUUGCGGUACCGGUGGCCAGCGAUGGACCUCCACCGACUCCGCUGUCCGCUUGCGGGAGUUUCGAUUUCGGAGAGAUGCAUUGGUUCCCGCGAAAAAUCUCCGACCUGGACCGUGCCCAGAACGUGCUUAUGUACGGGGACGAGCUGGAUGCUGAUCACCCUGGCUUCAAGGAUCCGGUUUAUCGCAAACGGCGGGAGGACUUUGCAGCCAUUGCCAACUCAUACAAACAUGGCAAUCCAAUCCCGAGGGUUCAGUACACACCGGAAGAGAUCAAGACAUGGGGCACGGUGUUUCGUGAGCUGCACAAACUGUACGUCAAGCAUGCCGUGCCGGAGUACAUGGAAAACUGGCCGGAACUAGUGAAGUACUGCGGCUACCGGGAGGACAAUCUGCCCCAGCUGCAGGACAUAAACGUGUUCCUGAAGAGGAAAACCGGCUUCCAGAUUCGGCCCGUUGCGGGCUACCUUUCGCCGAGGGAUUUCCUCUCCGGACUGGCGUUCCGCGUUUUCCACUGCACUCAGUACAUCCGGCACUCGUCCGAUCCGUUCUACACUCCGGAGCCCGACUGCUGUCACGAGCUGCUGGGCCACAUGCCGCUGCUGGCCAAUCCCAGCUUUGCGCAGUUUUCGCAGGAAAUUGGACUGGCCUCGCUUGGCGCCACCGAUGACGACAUCAACAAGUUGGCCACGUUAUACUUCUUCACGGUGGAGUUCGGUCUGUGCCGUCAGAAAGAUGGCACAUUCAAAGUGUACGGAGCGGGGCUACUUUCGUCGGUGGCCGAACUGCAACAUGCGAUCACCACUACGGACAAGAUUAAGAAAUUCGACCCGGAUGAAACGUGCAAAGAGGAGUGUAUCAUAACGGCGUACCAGAAUGCCUACUACUACACGGAUUCGUUCGAGGAGGCCAAAGAAAAAAUGAGAGCGUUUGCCGAAAACAUCCAACGACCGUUCGGAGUGCGCUACAACCCGUACACGCAAACCGUGGACGUGCUGAGCAACGCUAAGAAGAUCACGGCUUUGGUGAGCGAACUACGAGGCGAUCUGAGCAUCGUUUCGUCGGCGCUGAAAAAAGUCUCGGCCAUGGACGACAACCUGGACGUGGAGUCGAUCGAGAAGCUACUGUCCAGCAGUUUGCACGUCAGUUGUUAUGGAUGUAUGCGACAAGAGUCCCAAUUCGGAAAGUUCCGAUUCCUCCGGCAAGGCGACCACUCCAAACCAGUAAUAGCAUGCAUUCCAUGAUGCAGUGCAACCGUUUUACUCUUGAUGUAUAAAAACUUGUACCAAUAAUGGAAUUAAUACCAAUGUUGAACCGGGAUCAAAUUACCAAACCAGACAAUGUCUAAUAAAAAUCAUUCUUGAUGUGGUAUAACUUCU